UCUCUCUCUCUGACUCUCUCUCUCUCUCUCUGAGAAAACGGCGAUGCAAGCGGUUUUCUAUCAUCGUCAUCAUCAUGGCAUGACAUUGCCGUCGAUUUCCAUUCCAUUCUCUGUGUUUUUGCAAUUCAACGGCAAAAACGAAUCAAGGAAGAAGAGAAUCGUGGGAAACAGAUCUGUCCGUGCAUCAUCAUCAUCAUCAUCAAGUGCGUCUCCAUGGCAUGAUUGGUGGAAACCCGAAACGCCGGCCCCUUGCCUCAGCGAUGUCCUUUGGCCGUCCGCAGGGGCAUUCGCAGCGAUGGCUAUAAUGGGGAGGGUGGACCAGAUGCUAGCUCCAAAAGGUCUGUCCAUGACAAUAGCUCCCUUUGGCGCCGUAUCCGCCGUACUAUUUGCUGCACCUACCUCCCCCGGUGCUCGGAAGUACAACAUGUUUGUGGCACAGAUUGGUUGUGCAUUUAUUGGGGUUCUGGCUUUCUUCAUUUUCGGACCCGGCUGGCUCUCUCGUAGCACGGCUCUCGCAGCAUCAAUCGCAUUCAUGAUCUACACGCGCUCCACUCAUCCUCCAGCUGCAAGCUUGCCAUUACUGUUCAUUGAUGGAGCGAAGCUCCACCACUUGCAUCUUUGGUACGCGUUGUUCCCAGGCGCCACUGGCUGCAUUCUUCUCUGCUUAAUUCAAGAGAUUGUGGCAUACAUGAAGGAGAACUACAAGUUUUGAUGGGAUGUGAUGUGAUGCACCGUACUUUCGUUUGUGUGGAGGGCGUUGUUGAAUUUCCUACGUAAAUGAAGGGCUAUGGUUAUCCAUAGUGUCUCUGUAAGUGGGCCAUUCCCAGGGUAAUCGGUCGUUGUAAAAUCUCUGCCGUUUCUGUCUUCUGCAUGAAAAUAGAUGGGUGAUUCAAUGCUCUCAAACCAUUAGAAAUUAUAAUGCUUAUUGGAUUGUCCAAUCAUGGAUCCGGACCGUCCAAUAGGUCAAAGAUGUAUUUAAUGGGCCACCAGGCAAAAAUCACAUGGAUCAGAUGAUGGUUAAAUAUUUCCUGAUAAAAAUAAUGCUUUAGAAUCAUAAGCAAUCCGUGAUGGGCCCUAACAAAUAAGUGGGUCGAACUGUUGAUUGGACGUUGUUUAAAAAAAAAAAAAAACAAUCAUAACGGUUCUUUCAUAUGUGAUUGGUUGGACGGUUAGAAGUGUUCUGAUUUUUGCAUGGUAGCCGUUGAAUAGUGUGCUGGAGCUAAUGGACAGUCCUGAUUUGUCACUUUAAUUGUCCAAGUAGGGGAACUGUAACUCAAAAUGCUCUGAAAGCCACCCAAUAGAUGAUCUUGUAUGUACGAAAUCCAUAGUAUUUCUAUAUGUGUAGCGUACUUGAUUUAUGAA